AUGGAACUCAUGGAUAUAUCGCUAGACAUCCUUUACAAAAGAGUCUAUAAUGUCCACCUUGCUCGAUUCGAAGAAAAUGUGAUCGGCCACAUUGCUGUUUCUGUGAUAGACGCGCUCGAUUAUCUUAAGUGUCAUUUGGAAAUCAUUCAUCGAGACGUGAAGCCGUCAAACGUUUUGGUCAAUAGAGCUGGUAUGGUCAAGUUGUGCGACUUUGGAAUAAGUGGGAAGCUCAUCGAUUCACUGGCAAAAACUCUUGAUGCUGGCUGCCAGCCAUAUCUCGCGCCUGAGCGGCUAUCUCACUACGGCAAAAAGUACGAUAUUCGAUCAGACAUCUGGUCUCUCGGAAUCACAUUAUAUGAAAUUGCGACUGGAGAGUUCCCGUAUCCACCUUGGAAAUCAGUGUUUGAUCAGCUGAGUGCUGUUGUUCAAGGCGAUCCUCCCAUGCUAAAAAUGGAUGGGCAGUACUCAUAUGAUUUUGUGACGUUUGUUAGCAAGUGCUUGACCAAGGAUUAUAAAGAUCGGCCGAAGUAUCAGGCGCUCAAAGAGGAAAAAUUCUAUAAAGUGUGA